CAACCGGUUGGUCCUACUGAAGACGUUGUGACAGAGUUAAGUAGCUUUCUAGGUACAUUGGCAAGAAAUGCGACUCUUUGCCCAUUUGAUAUAUUUGAUUAGAGGAGCAUGGAUACUAAAAAGGAUUUAUGGGAUUAUACUAAGGAGAAAUACAUUAUUCCUGAAGCUGCAAAAGAUUGGGCUUUGGUAACAAUUCGAGAGGCUUGGAGAAGGCAUAGACGUGACUUGAAGAUAAAUUAUUACGAUCCAUAUGACAAUGAUGAAAUUCGAAUGGCAAAAAAGCCCGGUCAUAUUCCAAAAUGUCAGUAUAGAGAGCUCCUUAAAUAUUGGAAGUCUGAGAAAUUCAAGAAAAUGUCUGAAACAAAUACUAAGAACCGAAAAAAGCUGAUGAAUCCACACACAGCAGGCAAAAAGAGUUUUGCUUUAAUCCGCAGUAAAUUGGAAAAAGAAAAGGAAUCUGUAUCUGCUAAGGAGCUCUUUGUGGUCACAAGAACAAGAAAACCUGAUCGUUUGUACAAGGCAUCAAAUGAGAACACAACUAGUAAAAUUGAAAUGCAAGAAAGGAUGCAAAAAAUGGAGAAACAAAUGGAGGAACAAAGGAGAACUAUGCGACAAGAAGUUAUUGCUGAUGUAGUUGCACAACUUCAGCAUGCAGGAUUAAUUGAUCCUAACAUACUAGCAGCAUUGUCCGUUCCUUCACCAAGAGAAGCUACUUCUGCUCAAACAGCUGAGCAAGGUGAUGAUAUCUAA